ACUCAUAUUUAUUCAUUCUAAUGUAAUGUAAAUACAUGAAAGCUACCAUGGGAGAGUUUCUUAAGAAAUGCGAGAAAAUCAAUGGUGGAAUGAAGGUGACGGAGCUUGGAAAUGGAGGUUUGAGAAUAAGAGAUAAUGAUGUGGAGGAGGAGGUUACGAGUAAUUGUUCUAUGAGCUCUUCAACUAAGAGAAGAAAAUUUGGUUCUGUUACAGACGUUGAUUUUAGUGAGAAUUCAGCUUCGCCGGCUACAUCUGUAACGUCUGUUCAUAUUCCGACGAAUUCGCAGUGUUCGAGUUGUUACGAGUCUGGUGAAGUUAUGAUGAAGAGUUUUUUGAAAUCGUUAGAUCUGAAGGCCGAGAAAUUCGGAACGGACAAUUCGGCUUCUUUUAACGGCGGUUUCAGUGAAAAUUUCAAGCCAAUUGAUCAACCGAAUCCACCUAGUGAGCAUUGCGGAGACUCGGAAGAUAUGGAGUCAUCAUCCACGACAACCAAAAAAUCCUCUUCGUCUGCCAGUGCUCCCAGGAAACAGCUGUCUGCGUCGAAGGUUCCACCAGAAGCGGAGAUCGAAGAAUUCUUUUCAGCAGCGGAAAAGCGUGAACAAAAAAGAUUCGCAGAAAAGUACAAUUACGAUAUCGUGAAGGACGCUCCGUUAGAGGGACGUUACCAGUGGGUUAGUUUGAAGCCUUGAAGAAUAAAUGAAUGAAGAAAAAUAGAGAUGAGAGUACAAUUGCUGAAGGGGCGGAAUCCAAUACUCUGAUCCUUUUAAAUUUCUUUCCAUUUCUAGUUUUAGAUCAGCAUUUACUAUUUACUAUUUCAGCUUAGUUUAGCUUUAUCGGUGUACAGCCAUUCGUCUUUCCAUAUUUGUGUAAAGAAGCUAUUUAUGUGAAGCCUUGUUGGUUUUAGUAGUGCUAUAACUGAACCUUGUUUCUGCAAUUUUGCAACCUUCCUCAUCAAUAGGAACUAUCUGCAUUAAAAAA